UUCAUCGCCCUCCAAUGAAUACACUAAACUCAUUAUCCAUCUUACCAGACUCUCCUCUACUAAGUGGUGGCGAGUCCGAAGAUAUAGUUUCUCCGGACUCGCCCACCAAUUGGACAACUUCGCCAUUCACUAAUUCUUUGAAUGGCGAAGUUGCCGGUCUACCGCAGAAGCGGAAGACCGGCAGAAAAAAAUUUAAAGAAACACGCCACCCAUUUUAUCAUGGGGUGCGUGAGCGAGAUGGUGGGAAAUGGGUGAGCGAAAUACGCGAGCCUAAUAAAAAGAGCAGAAUAUGGCUAGGAACUUACCCUGCUCCAGAACUUGCAGCUAGGGCACACGAUGUUGCGGCUCUAGCCCUAAAGGGGGAUAAAGCUGCUCUAAACUUCCCUGACUCAGCUUGGCUUGUUUCGCGAGCUAAGUCUACCUCAGCUCGUGACAUUAGGCUUGCGGCGUUUCAAGCCACUAGGUCCGAACUUCACUCUUCCUUAAUAACAACUCGAGAUAAUGAGACUGAAGCUGCGAAUGUGAAGUAUAUGGAGAAUAGUGGAGAAGAGUUGUUUGUGGAUGAAGAAGUAAUAUUUAAUAUGCCUAGUUUUAUAGAUGGUAUGGCUCAGGGUAUGCUUCUUACACCUCCUUCUUUGAAGAGAGAAAUUAAUUGGGAUGGUAUUGAUGAUUGUGGGAAUAUUACUUACAUACACUUGGAUUUAUGGUAAUAUAUAUAUAGCUUGAUUAGGAUAUUACUGGAUCUUUAAUUUUUGGAUAAAUAAUAUGUGAAAUUGUUAUUUGUAAAACAAAAUAUCCUUGUUCUCCAAGUAUAUUAGUGUUAUAUAUACCUGGUAGCAGAGUGAUAGUUCUUCAAUUUUCCACAAUCAUAUGUAGUGGUGGAAUUUUAGGGUUUCUCUUUGAUAAUAUCUAAACAAAUAAUAAGAGUAAAUAUUUUCGUUCUCCUUAUAACACCUUUCUCAAGGAUAGGAGCUAGCUCAAGUGGGUAGAGCGCUCCCCCUUGGCCCUUGAGGUCAGGGGUUCGAUCUUUACCCCCAGCAUUAUGCUGGAGUAUUUCCUUAGCAUGUUAUGCAUGUCUUACCGGCCAAUGUGUUGGUAGUUCCUACAGGCUAGUAGCCUGGUAGGGGUUAUAUUAGCUCUUGGGCUAACUUAAUUUCCUAAAAAAUAAAAAAAAUAAAAAAAUAACACCUUUCUCAAACCUUUUUUAUUUCUUCCAAAAAAACAAAUUUCCCAUUACUAUUUUUAGUUAUGCAAUAAUCAAAUUUAUAAAAAGUUGAUAUUCUGAAAUACGUUUUGAAAACAAAUGGAAUGACAAAACAAAUCAUAUUACAAAUCUAAAUUUUACAGUAGCUUCCUUCAAAAAAAGACUAUCCUAAGGAAAAAAUAACAUCCACAAAUUCGUCCAC